GAUGUGUGAUGCUGCUGUUGUGUCCUGCUGCCAUUUCGUCCGCGGAUCAUCACGGAAAUAUCAACUGUCAAAUGAACCAGCAGCUCAUGUUAUCUGUCGGUUUGAACACUCAACAGGCUGCUUUCAUCUUUAAAUGCUGACGGUGGACAAGACGCCGGCUUAAUAUGAUGCAUGUUAUUGGCUGGUUAUUUCUGUAAUUCAACCACUGCUACUCUGGAGGAUCAUUUUUAGAAGAUAUAAUCAUCGAUAUGGGGUUUGUUUUUUACAGGUACUGAGCUCCUAACUUUAAGAUUUGAUUUUGGUGAGACAUGGAGACGAUAUGGCUUUAUCAGUUUCGUCUGAUCGUCAUCGGAGACUCCACAGUUGGCAAGUCGUGUCUGAUCCGGAGGUUCACUGAGGGCCGCUUCGCCCAGGUGUCAGACCCGACGGUGGGCGUGGACUUCUUCUCUCGCCUGGUGGAGAUCGAGCCGGGCAAAAGAAUCAAACUACAGAUCUGGGACACGGCAGGGCAGGAGAGGUUCAGGUCCAUCACCAGAGCUUACUACCGUAACUCAGUGGGAGGGCUCUUGCUCUUCGACAUCACAAACCGCCGCUCCUUCCAGAACGUCCACAACUGGCUGGAAGAGGCCCAGAGCCACGUCCAGCCACACAACAUCGUCUUCCUGCUGGUCGGUCACAAGUGUGACCUGGAGGCCCAGCGUCAGGUGACCCAGCAGGAGGCGGAGAAGCUGGCGGGGGCCUUCGGGUUGCGCUAUGUGGAGACGUCGGCACGAGAGUCGAUCAACGUGGAGAAGGCGUUUGUGGAUCUGACGAGGGACAUCUUUGAGCUGGUACGGAGCGGGGACAUUAAGAUCCAGGAUGGCUGGGAGGGCGUCAAGAGUGGAUUUGUUCCUAACACCGUCCACUCCUCUGAGGAAGUCACCAAGGGCAGCCGGCAAUGCUUCUGCUGAUUUACCUGGCUGCAGUGUGUGUGU